AUGGGUUCUAACACAGUACAGUGCAACGCUUUUUUGGAUUCGGGCAGUAAUGUGUCGUUCUGCACUGAGGAAUUGGCUGACUUACUGCAAGCAUCUGGGAAUCCGAUCAAGCUGAAGUUAAACACCAUGGGUAACCAGGUAGAAAUGAACUCCAAGUCGAUUAAGGGAUUAAUAGUGUCAGCACUUCAUGGUGAGGAAAAUAUGGAAGUAGAACUCCCAAUUGUAUACACUAAGCCCAGUCUACCAGUGCAGAAUUGGCAAAUCCCAUCAAGAGAAGACGUGGAAAGCUGGAAACACUUAAGAGGAAUUGAGCUGCCGAAGAUAGAUGCCAGCAUUGAUAUCCUGAUUGGAAACAAUGUACCAGCAGCAUAUGCCCCAAGAGAAGUGAGGACUGGACCACAAGGCAGUCCCUAUGCUAUCAAGACUCCUUUAGGAUGGGUAGCGUGGGGAGUUAUGAAACCUGGAGUUCUAAGUGCAAGUCAUUGUACCAACUUGGAGAAGAUUUACAUUGAAAGUCUAAAUUAUGACUUUCCUGAGAGAUGUAUAGACGACAAGAGGGAGUGGUCGACUGAAGACAGGGAAUUUAUGAGAAUUAUGGAAAAUUCCUGUAAGAUUGUCGAAGGUCAUUAUCAAGUAGACUUGCCAUUAAGGAAUCCAGCAGUCCAGCUUCCGGACAACUUGCAAAUGGUGAGUAAUCGACUACGGGGACUACAGAAGAAGAUGGAGAAGAAUCCACAGUUCAAAGAAGACUACAUCGCCUUUAUGGAAGAUAUAAUUGGUAAGGGCUACUCGGAAGAAGUAUCUAAUGGCGACAAUACAAGGGGGGCCAAUCGUGGUAUAUUCCUCACCAUGGGGUGUAUCACCCUCAGAAAAGGAAAAUUAGGGUGGUAUUUGACUGUGCGGCAAAGUUUAUGGGAAUUUCCCUGAAUGACGUACUGCUACCGGGUCCUAAUCUUAUGAACAGCCUACAGGGGGUUUUAAUGCACUUCCGUCAAUAUUCAGUGGCAAUCUCAGGAGACAUCGAGACUAUGUUCUAUCAAGUAAAGGUGCCAGCAGAACAGAGGGACUUGCUGAGGUUUUUGUGGUGGACCAAAGGGGACUUCAGUCAUCAACCCAAGAUAUUCAGAAUGACAGUACACCUGUUCGGUGCUGGAUCUUCGCCAUCGUGUGCCAAUUAUGGGUUGCAGAAAACCGCAACAGACAACAAGUGUGAGGUUAGCAUAAAGGCUGUAGAAACGGUAAAACGGAAUUUCUAUAUGGAUGACGUAUUGAAAUCCGUAGAAACCAUAGAAGAAGCCAAGAAUUUGGUUAAUGAAUUGAAAACCUUGUGUAAUGAAGGAGGCUUCAAUCUCACAAAAUGGACGAGUAAUCGUCGAGAAGUGUUGGUAAAUAUACCUGUCGAAGAGCGAGCAAAGGAACUGAGGGAUUUGGAUUUAGAUGCCUCACCACUACCAAUGGAAAGAACGUUAGGCAUCCUUUGGAGUCCAGAAGUUGAUGAAUUCCAGUUUCGAAGUUUGCUAACGGAGACUGAAGCAACCCGAAGAGCCAUGCUAUCAAUUAUUAGUUCAGUUUAUGAUCCUCUUGGAUUUAUCUCACCCCUGAUCAUACCAGCAAAAAUGCUUUUGCAGGAGAUUUGUAAGAAGAAGGCUGGAUGGGAUGACAAACCAGAUAACACCACCUUACAUAAAUGGAAACAGUGGACCCAGAACAUAAAGGACAUACAAUAAGUUAAAAUUGAUAGGUGUUAUGUUCCAGGAGGAUAUGGAAAGGUGGCAAGUAGAGAAUUACAUGCAUUCAGUGAUGCUAGUGAGGUGGGUUAUGGGGUUGUUAUAUAUCUCAGAUCCACAAAUGAGAGAGGAGAAGUGCAUGUAUCCCUUGUGUCCUCGAAAGCCAGAGUGGUACCUCUGAAAAAGGUAACCAUACCCAGAUUGGAAUUGACGGCAGCCACUCUGGCAGUCAAGAUGGUGCAUGUAGUGACAAGAGAACUGGACUUUGACAUAGUGAGAACCAUGUAUUGGACCGACAGCACUGCCGUUCUGAGAUAUAUCGCCAAUGUGCAAGCAAGGUAUCUGACGUUUGUAGCCAAUCGGGUACAACUUAUCAGAGAAUCAACCAGUCUAUCCCAGUGGCAUCAUGUGAGCACAAGGGAGAAUCCAGCAGAUAUGACUUCCAGAGGCGUUAAGAGAACACAAGACUUGAUAAAUGGCAUCUGGUUCAAGGGACCAGAUUUCUUGUGGCGAUCAGA